AUGAAUUCAGACUCCAGCCCGAGCAGCAGAGCCUCUUCCCCGGACAUGGACGGCAUGUUUCUGCGAGACCACCACCCGCACCACCAUCACCACCACCACCACCACGUCGGCUCCUCCGUGUCCUCCUCCACGCAGAGCGGCGAGCAGCAGCGUCAGAAGAUGACCGGCGCCGAGCACCUGCGCUCUGGAGACCCCAAGUCAGUAGGAAGCAGCAGCAGUAGCAGCAGCAGCAGCAGCAGCAACAAGUACAAACUGAAGAAGCAGGUCACCGAGGAGGAAAUGUACCAGCUCCGGCUCAAGAUUAACGGCCGGGAGAGGAAGCGCAUGCACGACCUCAACCUGGCCAUGGACGGCCUGCGGGAGGUGAUGCCCUACGCGCACGGGCCCUCGGUGAGGAAGUUGUCCAAGAUCGCCACGCUGCUUCUCGCCAGGAACUACAUCCUGAUGCUCACCAGCUCCUUGGACGAGAUGAAGCGGCUGGUGGGGGAGAUUUACGGGGGGCAGCACUCGGCUUUCCACUGCGGCACCGUUGCGCACGCCGCCGGCGCCGGUGGACACUCCGGAGGUCCCGCAGCUGCAGCCGCCGCCGCUGCCGCCGCCGCCGCACACCAGGUGCACCCUCUGCUCGGGAGCGCGCUGUCCUCCUCCACGUCCUCCACUCUGUCGAGCGCGCUGCCGGGACUCACGUCCAUCAGAGCGCCGCACUCCCUGAUGAAGGGCUCCCCGGGCGCGCCCCCGGCCCUGCAGCUGGGCUCCGGCUUCCAGCACUGGGCCGGGCUGCCGUGUCCCUGCACCAUCUGCCAGGUGCCUCCUCCUCCGCACAUCCCCAUCACCUCCACCGGCCUCACGAGACUCACAGGGGAGGGGAAGGACGGGAUGAAAUGA